CACAGUUCAGAGCAGCAGGCAGUCGGUUUAUUAGACAUUCAAAACCCUGGCGUUUAUAUCUGUUAUAAUGCUGCUCGUUGUAGUCGUGGCUGGUUUUGGAGUCGUCGCGCUAAUACUAAGACUGCUGUCCCCGCACAUCAGGAAAUACGCGGCAGGUGGUGCAUGUCUCUCUACAGCGCGCUUGGAUGGGAAAACGGUAUUAAUUACUGGAGCGAACACUGGCAUCGGGAAAGAGACAGCACUGGACCUGGCCUCUCGGGGUGCACGGGUAAUCCUGGCCUGUCGGGACGUGGCGAAGGGUGAGGAGUCGGCGGCGGAGAUCUGCACGCAGGUGGGUGGUGCUCAGGUGGAGGUGCGCGAGCUGGACCUGGCCGACACGUGCUCGAUCCGGGCCUUCGCUCAGAGAUUCCUACGAGAGGUGAAUCAUCUCGACAUUUUGAUAAACAAUGCAGGAGUGAUGAUGUGUCCAUAUAUGAAAACCGUGGACGGGUUUGAAAUGCAGCUGGGAGUCAAUCACCUUGGUCACUUCCUGUUGACCUACCUCCUGAUUGGUCUGCUGAAGCGCAGCGCGCCCGCCCGUGUGGUGGUGGUUUCCUCCCUGGCGCAUUACUUUGGCUGGAUUCGCUUCCACGACCUGCACAGCCAGGGCAGCUACAACAGCGGACUGGCCUACUGUCAGAGCAAACUCGCCAACAUCCUCUUCACACGCGAGCUGGCCCGCAGGCUAAAAGGCUCGAACGUGACGGUGAACUCGGUGCACCCGGGCUCGGUGAGGUCCGAGCUGACUCGUCACUCGGCAACCAUGUCGCUGCUCUUCGCACUUUUCUCUGCCUUCCUGAAGACGGCUCGAGAGGGAGCGCAGACAUCAAUCUACUGCGCUACGGCGGAGGAGCUGCACUCUAUCUCAGGAACACACUUUAGCGAUUGCGCGCCAGCCUCCGUUGCUCCUCAGGGUCGCUGCGAGGAGACCGCACGGAGACUGUGGGACGUCAGCUGUGAGCUCCUGGGCAUCGAAUGGGACUGAGGCCAGCACCACCCAUCCCUCCAUCCGGGACCCCACCCACAGCCCUUUUACCCCGUCUCAUCACAAAUCUUUCCAUUUACACCCCAACCCCCCCCCGGGCUCCCUGAUUAGACACUCCCACUGCCAAUGCCUCACCCCACUGACCCUCCCCCAUUAUGUUGCACCAUUCCGCCGAACUCCUCCUUCCACGCGUCCGCCAACCUGCUGCAGAGCGCCACUGAACAGAACCGUACUCAGGCUUGCGGUUCCGUCUGGUGCUGGGCUGCGUUUUGCCUCUCAUUUGGUUUGUUCCCUGGAGGUGUGAAUGUGGCUUUGUCGUUCCCAUGCCAAACAGCCCACACUACAGCUGACAAGGACUAUGCUAAGGUUUUUAUACAGAAGCAAACAAGCCUUUUUACUACUGUUGCAUUCAUGUCCAGAGAG